GUGGGGAUUCGACUUGUUGCCUUCGUCUAUUGGUUUUCCCUUUGACAUUUCAUUUUUGUAUCAGAUGUCGGGUGAGGAAUUUGUGAAAUAAUAGAAGGGGAAAAGAAAAUUUGUUGGAGGCUCCUUCAAUUCGUUUGGGGACAUCUCUCUGUUGGUGGUGGGAUUGAUGGGGAAUAAGAUCGGGAAAAAGAGGCAAGUGGUAGAUGAGAAGUAUACAAGACUGCAGGGGCUGUAUCAGCACAUAGACAUCGAUCAUAAGAGGCUGAGGAAGCUCAUUCUUGAUUCCAAAUUGGCAGCUUUCUACCCAGGUCUCGAUGACCACUCUUUAAAUCUGGAAGAGUGUCCCAUGUGCUUUCUGUAUUAUCCAAGUCUUAACCGAUCCAGGUGUUGCGUGAAAGGCAUGUGCACAGUGUUUUCUUCAGAUGAAACCAUCGCAUUCCACUCGCCCAACACAAACCUUGAUCUCUACUUGAGUUGGAAGAUAUCCCAUUUGUAAAAUUUCAAACUAUGCUGUGGAAUACCGUGGGGCAAA